AUGGAAUGCUUUGGCAUCGGCAGCGAAUCACAAAAUCAUCUCAGAACGCAUACAUUCAUUGUUGUGGAGCCAUGUCUCCCUCCAAUUUACGCGGAAGAUUGGACUGGCGAAGAAGAAAGCUUAUUUUUCAAUGCACUUCAAAAAUGUGGAUUCGGAAAUUGGCAAGAUGUCUCAAACUUACUCAAAACUAAGUCAGCCGAACAAUGCAAAGCACAUUAUCUUCAAAUCUUCAUAGACAACGAAAAUGCGCCAAUGCCACCAAAAGAAAUACAACCUAAAGCAGAAAUUCCGCCACCACCUGAUUUUUGUACAGACCCUCAAGAUUCAUUACCUUCAAUAGCAGCAGAAAGGAACUUAGCUGAACAUAAUAAACGGGAACGAACUACACCAGCAGAGUUUGCAGGCUGGAUGCCGAACAGAAAUGAGUUCGAAAUUGAAUUCCAAACAGAUGCAGAACAAGGAAUUUACGGAAUUACAUUUUCAGCGGACGAAAACAACGAAGCUGCAUUUAUGGAGAAGCUAAAUGCAUUACGGACAUACAGCGAUAUCGUAGAAGCUCGUGAAGAGCGAAUUAAAUUUGCACUCGACUAUAAUCUACUAAAUGAUGAAUUUAAAGGCUUCGGACCACAAACCAAAGAGAAUAGAGCCUUUGAAGAACAGUUAUUAUGUCUCGCACAAGUGAUUCCUAAAGAUGAAUUAAAAGAAUUUGCAAUUUCAUUAGAAAAAGAGAUUGCUUUGAAGCGAAACCUAAACAUGUUGCAUACAUGGUGGGAAAAUGGUGUUGUUUCCCGCGAAGAAGGCCUCAUGUUCAACGCAUUAGAGCAAUUAAACAAAGAUGACAAACUAACUCCAUCAGCAAUCGAAAAAUGGAACCGGGAAGCAGCUCAAAAGGUCGAAUCCCAGGAAUACAAGUCAUCCCACGACAAGCAGCUCCUUUCUCCAGCUGAAAACGCCCUUUGUUUGAACUUUGGUUUGUCUUCCAUUGAAUUUUUGAAGCAGAAAGAUUUACUUAUACGAGAAUUUAUAUUUAGAGGGAAGAUGACUGCUGAAAUAGCAGUGUCCUUCGCUCCUAAACAAGCACGCGCCAUGAAGGAAAUAUUCAGAUUGAUGAAAUCUCAGGGAUUAUUCGUAAAAGACAUUUCUGAACUGGAUAACCAGGAUGAAACAACAAAUAAUGAACCAGAAGAACAGGAGGAACAACCGAAAUCUCCUGUAAGAAAUGAGGAACAAAACGAGGAAGAAGAAGCAAAUCAUUCGGUCGCUGAAGAAGAGAACCAGGUUUCUGAAGAUGUACAAUCAACUGAGAACCAAGAAACUAAUAACGAAGAAGAACAAACUGAAGAAAAUACUGAUUCUUCUUGA